CGUGUGUAAUCUUAAUCGUACAUGACAGUCAAAAUAUAUAUAUAAUUUGUUAUAAUAAUUGUACAUAAAAGAAAGAUAAAAUGGCAAAAUUACAUACAACAAAUAAACCUCCUCGGAAGGAGGGAUUUAAUCGUUCUGGACAUAGUAUGAAUCCUGAACGACCCACAGAGGGAUUAAAAGGUGUAGCUAAAGUCAGAACAAAAGCAACUAUCAAAAGAUUACAAAUGUAUCGUAAUCAAAAACCAAAGCGUGACCGUACAGGUAAAAUAAUUAGCCCAGCACCAUUCCAAGGGUGGCAACCAUCUGGUACUAUGUCUCGUGUUGAACCUUCACAAAGAUGGUUUGGGAAUUCAAGAGUCAUUUCUCAAAAUGCAUUACAAAAGUUUCAAGAUGAAUUAGGAAAAGCAAUGAAAGAUCCUUACAAUGUUAUUAUGAAACCUACACAAUUACCAGUAACUUUACUAAAUCAAAAAGCUGCAAAUGCAAGGGUACAUGUAUUAGAUAUGGAAAGUUUUGAAAGUGUUUUUGGUCCAAGGAAGGUACGAAAAAGACCAAAUUUGACAAUAUCAUCAUAUGAUGAAUUACAAAAAUUAGCAGAACAGAAGGAAGAAACAUAUAACAUGGAAAAGGAUUCUAAAGAUGUUGAUCUUGUACGUCCAGAUACUGGUGUCAAAGAUGCUCAAAGAGACUGGAUCAUGUCUGCAGGACAAAGCAAAAGAAUUUGGAAUGAAUUAUAUAAAGUUAUAGAUUCGUCUGAUGUUAUUUUACAAGUAUUAGAUGCUAGAGAUCCUUUAGGAACUAGAUCUCCUCCAAUAGAAAAAUACCUCAAAACAGAAAAGCCUCACAAGCAUUUAAUGUUCAUCUUAAAUAAAGUAGAUCUUGUUCCAACAUGGGUUACACAAAGGUGGGUUGCAAUUUUAAGUGCUGAAUAUCCAACAGUGGCAUUUCAUGCUUCAAUGACACAUCCAUUUGGUAAAGGUUCCCUAAUAAAUUUAUUGCGUCAGUUUGCAAAGUUACAUACUGAUAAGAAACAAAUCAGUGUAGGUUUUAUAGGAUAUCCCAAUACUGGUAAAAGUUCAAUUAUCAAUACUUUAAGGUCGAAGAAAGUAUGUAAGGUAGCUCCAAUAGCAGGUGAAACAAAAGUAUGGCAAUACAUCACUUUGAUGCGUCGUAUUUAUUUGAUAGAUUGUCCAGGUGUAGUUUAUCCAUCAACAGAAACCGAUGCAGAAAAAGUUUUGAAAGGUGUAGUAAGAGUAGAACUUGUUCAAAACCCAGAAGAUUAUGUUUCGGAAGUAUUGUCGCGAGUAAAAGAAGACUAUAUAUGUAAGACUUAUAAAAUUAUGGAAUGGGACAAUCAUAUUGAUUUUUUGGAAAAAUUAGCACGCAAAAGUGGAAAAUUAUUAAAAAAAGGAGAACCAGAUAUUACUACUGUGUCACGAAUGAUCUUAAAUGAUUGGCAACGUGGUAAAUUACCGUUUUAUGUCCCGCCUCUUGGCUUUAAAGAACCAUUAACAAAAAUAGCAAUUAUUGAUGAACUUCCUGUUGAAAACAAUAAUGGUGAAAGAGAUGAUAAUAACAUUGAUACAGAUAAAACAGAGAAUACACAAAACAAAGAACCACCAAAACUUCAGUUAUCUGUAAUACAAGAUUUUCAAAAGAUUAGAGUUGGCUUACCAUAUUCGGGUAAUGAUGUUAAAAAUGAUCUUUACAUUAAACCCAAUGGAUCUGUGAGUAACAAAGAAAAUAAAGAUGCAGAAGAAACUGUUUCAAUUUUAUCUGAUCUGAUUGAUACUAAUGAUAUCAGUCAAACUAAAAAUAAUCAAAACACUCAAUUAGAAGAAGCAUCAUUAAUGGAAGAUAAGGAAGAUAAUGAAUUUAAUAGACAUUCAGAAAAGGAAGAAUAUUCUAGUGAUGAAAUUCAUCUACCAUUAGAAAAAGAUACUUUAUUACAAAGUGCAUAUAAUAUAGUAGAAGAAGAAUAUGAUUCUAGUGAUAGUGAAAUGCUUAACACAAAUACUGCAUCAAGCAAUGGUACAUUUAAAAUUUCUUCUAAGAUGGAAUCAUCAAUGAAAAUAGAAAAAAAAUUAACAAGUAAGCAGCGACGAGCUAUAGAAAGGGCCAGUAAAAGAAAGAAAACUGGUAGCAAUUUUUAUGAAGUUACUAAUGUAAAAAAUAGGAAUAGAAACAGAAAAAUCCCCAAAGUUAAACGAAAAUAA